AACGACUCUCUCGGUCUAAAAACUCGCGAAAUCCACUCUCUCUCUCUAGAUUUCGUUACAUCCAGUCUUUGGCUCCGUUUGUACGAUGUCGUCCACUUUGGACGGUAAAGAGACCCAAAACUCAACCUCUCGGACUGUUAAAGUAGUGGAGAUUAGCGCAGGUAAUAAAAUUUCUAGAGUUACUUGGAAGAUUGAGAAUUUCCCGAGCCUGGACACCAAGGUACAUCGCUCUGAGAUAUUCAUUGUUGGAGGCUGCAAAUGGCAGCUCUUGCUAUAUCCAAAGGGGAAUGAGGUGAAAUAUUUGUCAGUGUAUUUAAAUGUGCCGGAUGCUACUAGUCUGCCUAAUGGGUGGAGACGAAACGCAGAUGUCUGCUUCUGUAUCAUAAACCAGGCUACUCGCAAGGACACGAAAAGAGAAGUUGCAAAACAUGUAUUUGAUGCGCUAGCAAGCAACUGGGGCUUCUCAUCAUUUGUCCCUCUCACUGAUCUUAGCCCAAAAACGGGUUAUAUGAGUAAAGGCACAAUUAUUAUGGAAGUAGAGGUGUCCGUGUGUGAUGUCAUCAAUUAUUCGACUGACAGCGCUAAAAUAGAAACUGUGCCCAACAGUGAGAUCGAGCAGGGGAAAGAGAGCCAAAACUCAACCUCUCAAACUAUUAAAGUAGUGGAGAUUAGCGCAGAUGAUAACACUUCUAGAGUUACUUGGAAGAUUGAGAAUUUCAAAAGCCUGGACACCAAGAAACGCUAUUCUGAUACAUUCAUUGUUGGAGGUUGCAAAUGGCAGCUGCAGAUAUGUCCAGCAGGGGAUAACGUGAGCAAUUUGUCAGUGUAUUUAAAUGUGGCGGAUGCUGCUAGCCUGCCUAAUGGGUGGAGCCGAUAUGCAAAUUUCAUCAUCUGUAUCAUAAACCAGAUUGAUGGCAAGGGCACGAAAAGAAAAGAUUCUCAAAAUGAUAUAUUUGAUGCACAAGCAAUCGGCUGGGGCUUCUCGUCAUUUAUCCCUCUUAGUGAUCUCUGCCCAAAGACAGGGUAUAUGAUUGAAGGCACAAUUAUUAUGGAAGCAGAGGUGUCCGUGCGUGAUGUCAUUAAUUACUCGACAGACAUCACUAAACCGAAAACUAUAUCCAAGAUUGAGAUGGAGCCCCAAGAUAGGGGAAUUGAAUUGGAUGGCAAUAAUGCCAAGAUGGAGGACUUGAAGAAUAAGAUCGAAUCUUAUGAGCAAGAGCUGGCGAUGAAGGAUGAGGAGGCCAAAUAUAAAGAGAUGGUCAUUGCUAAAAAGGAUGGAGAAAUUGCUAAAAAAGAUGGGGAAAUUAAAGAAUUGAGAGCAAGCUUGGAACUCUUGGAAAUGAGGGUGGAAGACAUGAAGGCGGUUGCUGCUGGUUUGCGCUCACAUUCUUAUCUAAGCAAAUUUAUUCCAGAAGGGAAAUCUCCAACUUCAAAAGAAUGUUCAGAAGAACCAAUUAGAAGUAUUGGGAGGGUGCUGAAAUUCCUAAAAGAGUACCAGGAUCCAUUGCGAAUUCUUGCCAGUUUGGUUGUAGUGGGUUCCAUUUUGUUUGCAUGCUUCCUCGCAUGGAAAUGCUCAAGAAUUUUGAUGAAGAAAACAUUUAAUAGUCCAUCUUUAUGUGCAUGGUGAGAUCCAAAGUAUAUAUGUGGAAUUUUAAACGUAUUUAUAUAUUAGCUGUAAUCAAAGUUAUCAUUAUGAAAUGAAUGCAUUUUGU